CCCAAGAGCGCCGCGUCGACGGCGGCCAUCGAGGCGGCCCUGCGGCGGUCCGUCGUCUUCGAGGCGCUGACGUCGGAGCAGGCGGCGGCCGUCGCGGCGUCGAUGUCCGCGGCCGCCGUCGCGCGGGGCGAGGCCGUCAUCGCGCAGGGCGACGCGAGCGACGCGUUCUACGUCGUGGAGACGGGCAACUUCGAGAUCGAGAUCGACGGCGCCGUCGUCGCGACCGCGGGGCCCGAGAGCUCCUUCGGCGAGCUCGGCCUGAUCAUGAACCGGCCGCGGGCCGCGACGGUCCGCGCGACGGAGGACAGCGCGUGCUGGGCCAUGGACGUCCACCUCUUUCGCCACAUGCUCGCGUCGUCGUCGGCGACGCGCCUCGGCGACGCGACGCGCGAUUUGGGGGACGUCGACAUCCUGCGGGGCCUGCCGGACCGCUUCCUGUACAAGCUCGCGACGCACACGUACAUGGAGAGCUACGACGCGGGGGACCGCAUCAUCGCCAAGGGGUCCAUCGGCGACAAGUUCUACAUGCUCAAGUCCGGCGCCGUGAAAUGCGCGAACAUCGGCUCCGACGACGGGCCGCUGCGGGACGUCGCGCUCCAGCGCGGCGCGCAUUUCGGCGAACGGGCGUUCACGGACGACCGGCCCCGCGCGUGCGACGUCUUCGCGACG